CUCACCGAAGGGCUUACAAGGCUUAGUUAAAUGAUGGCAUAUAGACUUGCCAUAAGCAGCAUUCAAUCGAUACAACGCAUAUCAAGGCUACCAUCAAAGCAUACUCACAGCCCGUCAUGACUCGACCUACCAAGAUCAAAGCCGUUUUUUUCGAUUUCAUGGGCACAUGCCUCGAUUGGCACAGCAGUAUUGUCCAGUCGAUGCCACCCGAGAUCUCUUCGCCUGAAGCCUCGCAGCUUGCCCUCGACUGGCGCAGCCAGUACUUCCUCGAAAACGAGCAACGUGUGCGUGAGAACCUGCCCCCCGAAGACAUCGACCAGACCCUGGCCCGGGCGCUCGGCGUCGUCCUCGAGCGCAAACCUGAAUACCAAGCGUACAUCGAUGCUGGGAGCACUGCUCAGUUGCUGGAAGCAUGGCACAGCCAGCCCGCAUGGCCCGAGGUGUCGACCGCGAUUCAGAGGCUCCGCAACGAGCUCGGGCUGGAGGUGUUCGUUCACGCCAAUGGCACGACGCGGCUUCAGCUGGACCUUGUGCGCUCAUCGGGGUUGAGUUUCAACAUGUUGUUCUCCAGCCAGUUGCUGGGGUACUAUAAGCCAAGUCCGGAGGCUUAUCGGCGGGCAUUGGAGCUGGUGAAGCUGCGACCGGAGGAGGUGGUCCUGGUGGCGGCGCAUGCGUAUGACCUACGGGGUGCGCAAAGGGUGGGGAUAAAAACGAUUUACAUCGAUCGGUGGACGGAUGAUAUUCAUGAAGACAAGGCGAAGUUGAAAGGGCAGUUUGAUGGCAUCCUGGAGGGAAUGGAGCACUUGCCGAUCGUAAUUGCGGGGUUGUCUUCGUAGUGAGGCAGGAUCCCGCUUGUCUCUCCUCGUUACAACUUUUCCAUCCCUUGUCCAUCGCUCAUAUCACCACUCGGUUUGAGACUUUCUUGUUGCUUGAGACUCGUCUGUAUUCAUAAUAUGAUGAUAAUUAUUAUCUGCACCUGUAAGAG